UUCCUCUAUGAAAAUGUCAAAAUCUAAAUGUCAAAAAUUUAGAGUUGUUUUGUCGCAAAUCGCAAGUGUAUUUUUAAGUUUGUUAUUUUAUUCAUGCUAUCUUGAUUGUAGCUUAAUUUCGUUACUUUAUUCGAAACUGAAACAACUGAAAAUAGUUUCGAACCGAUUGUAUUGUAUGUGAGCAACUCUAGCAGCGACCGAGCGUCGCUGUGCACAGUUCUCUAAGAUGCAGAGAAAACCGGGCUUUCCCUUGGCUAAUUGCAACAUUAAAAUACCGGACGCGGCGCCCGCGCACCCUGAACCAGUGUUCGAGGAGGACUGGGAGCGGCGCCGCCAGCAGCUCAUCAACUUCGGCCACCAGCAGUGGGGCUUCAACAACUGGAGCUGGUCCGUCACGAAACAGGAUCUCGAUUUCGUAGACUUUGUGAAUGGCAAGCACACAGCGGGAGUGGCGUCAUUUGUCUCCGUGACUGUGAAGAGCCUGGACAUUCACCGGGAGAAUGUGGGGUACGCCACCACCACCGCACCCAUGAAGGGAUCUGCUAUCUACCAAGCUAGAAAGGGUGCGGUGACGAACGCGCUCCGCGAGACCUUGCUGAGCUUCGGCGGCGCCGUCGCCAGCGGGCUGCUGGAGCUGCUGGAGGCGUCCCCCACGCCCGCCCCCGCCCCUGCCCCCGCGCCCGCCCUCGCCGAGCCGCUGCCCGAGAACAACCAGAACAUCAUGAACAAGCUGCCCGAGCCCAAGAACGUGCACUCGCUCUUGCGCAAGGACGACGCGGUGCCCGUCGCGCCGGUCGGGCCCCACAACGUGCGGCCCCCCGCGCACGCCCCCGCGCCCCCCGCGCCGCACCCCGGCAAGCACGCGGGCAAGGUGGCUGCCCUGCCGCCCGCGCCGCGCGCCGCGCCCCCGCCCCCGCUGGCGCCGCCGCCGCGACACAACAACGACGCACAGAAACCGGUAACAGCGCCAUCUCUGGACGGCAUGUCGGACGAGGAGGCGCGCGCGGAGCGCAAGCGCAGGCAGAGACAGGCGCAAGAGGAGUUCCGACUCAAGCAGCUCAUGAAGACCAGCCACGAUGCCGACGACAGAGUAGACAAGCAAGAGCUGCACAAGAGCAGCUUCGACAACCUACUCCUCGGCAUCCCGACCCAGGACAUCCACAUAGAGGAGAGCGGGGUCUCCGCGGACAAGCGCAAGUCGCCCGAGCCCGGCGGCGGCGGCGGCGGCGCGGCCAAGCGGCGAGCCAGCGCAGUGGGGAGACUCGAUAUCGUUACGGAUUGAUUUACAGUGCGACAAACUUAUCUGUUCCGGUGACAGUUAACUAAAUUGAUCUAUAUCUCAACAUUUACUAAUAAAUUAUAUAUUGAUAUAGAUUAGAUGGGUUUAUUAAAACCGCAAGGGUAAAUUACCAUUACGGGAAAACUUGACAUCAUGAAGAAUGAAGAAAUAUUAGACAUUUACGUGACUCUCACCGGAACAGAUAAGUUUGUGGCACUGUAUUACCAGUUUCAAUACUCUAUCUCUAGAUAGCUAAGAGUUACUUUCAUACGAUUGACAGAGUGCAAAUUUUUGUGACAAAAUUAUAUUAUAGUUACUGUUAGCUAUCGAUAGAUAGAGUUAUGAAACUGGCAGUUAGUGUUAUUAAUUUAAGUAUCAAUAAACAUCGUUAUAGUUGUUAUUUGCUGGGUCUUUUGAAAUAUCCUUGUUAUAGCUGUCCUAGGCAGUUUGAAAGUUGUCUAACUAAAGCCUACACACAUGCCGGCGGCACUGUGUGUAGGAGCCUUAAGAAACAUUUGAACAGGUGGUUUAGAAAAGUGUAGACAUACCUAUCUGACUGUAGAUACAUAUUUUUUAAUGAUAGGUGUACAAUGAUCCCCAACAAUAAAUCAAUAGUAUUCCGGGCUCCAACAAAGCAGUCUGCGCCGGUGACCGAUGGAUGCUGGGGCACUAAUAACUGCCAAGUGUGGUAUGUAUAUUCGUCAAAAUUAUUGCCUGAUUUGCAUAAAAUUUCUUUGGUAUUUGGCAAAUACAGCAAAUAACAAAUACGAACAAGCGUGGUGCCGUAUGCACCUCAUAAGCGCAGACAUCCUGUAAAUGAGAACAUAAGUACCGAAUGAAAUAAAACACAUGAAAUACUGUGAACUCAAGUUUAAUCACUAAAUUACGAUCUUACACACAAAUAUGUACACAGAGUAACCAAAUACACCUACUUGUACUCGGGAGAAACAAAAUAACCUUACACUCAAUAAUAAUAUUAUCCAUACACCUCCGAAAUUACUUUAAUAAGGAACCGCAUAAAAUAUUUGAAUUAUGAGAUGAGCUUAUAAAUAUGCAUAGAGAAAUGUUUCAUCAAAAUAAUUUAUAAUAAUAAUCAUCGCUUUUAAGCAUGAAUACAGUAUCUUUCACCUGUGGAGCUUUCAAAAAAAAGUAGUUCGCCAAAGCUCAAAUCAUUGUAUAGGUAGGUAUACGCACACGCAGUAUUACAUUAAUUUAUUUUGCGAUAGGUUCUAAUUACCUAAAGGAAAUUUUAAUUCAAAAGUUAUACAUUAUUACAUACCGACAAAGGGUAAUGUGCAAAAUGCCUAAAUUAAUGAUUAUUAUUAAGGUGUAAUGAAAUAGGAGUAAAAUGGAUACCUACAUACUAUAGGUACCUAACCUACUUAUUUAACUUAAAAUGGGAGUAACUUGUUCUCUAUAGUUUAAAAGCCUUUUAACACUCUGAUACAUCUUUUAAAUCAAAUAAAUAAAAAUUAAUUCCCUCCCUAAAUUAAUACAGAAAUUACGAUUUAUAUCAGAGAUUAAAAACAACUGAAGUAUACAGUCGAAGUCAUCACAUGACUUAACUUAAAUCAUUUCUUCUACGUCUCUACGUACUAAGUUUACUAUUUAUCUUACUUACUAUAUCUAACUCGGUUAUAUGUACACAAAUAAUUUUGGCAGUAUAUGCUUUGUUAUAUAUGAUUAUUAUAUUUUUAUCUUUAAUUAUUGCAAAUGUUCUCGAAAGUCUGUCAAAAAUAUGUACACGGUGUAACUAUGUUAGCAUUACAGGGCUUUGCGCCGUGCGUGAUAGAAGUUAAAAAUAAAAAGCACACAUACAGUUAUUUCUACUAAACAAAGCCGGUUUAGCCAAAACGUUUAAAUAUACCACCCUAAACUAUUACUAUUUCCGAAUAUUAAGUGAAUAUUUGUAAGUAUUUUUAGUUUUAGAAAACACACGUAUAAUUUGCCGAUGGCACAGUGUAGCAAAUUAUAGAA